GAGACGAUGUGCAAUAGACGACUAUUUUGCCAGUCGUACAAGAGCUUUCCCGUGGUUUUGUUGUUGUAGCAACGCGUAAAUGCAAUCACAAAGCUAUACAGUUAGCUAACUUAGCAGAUGGAUAACUAACACAGAACUGUGUGAUAACUAGAUACAGCCUCACAGGUGAGGUUUUUUAGCUGCCUGUUGAUAACCCUGUUGCUUACUAGCUUGCGAAUUACUUUUGUGGGAAAAAUGUUUUCAACGUUUCAUUGUAGGCACUGUAGCUAACCAGCUAGUCUAGGCAAGAUAGCUAGCUAGUUUGCUCGGCCACUUCCCUCACGUUUUGGAGGUGAUGAAGUUGCCCCGAACGUGGGCACACCACAUUAUCAUGUCCAGUCUUGACCAGAACUCUGGUGGGGGUCAGAAUUCACUCUUAAACUAUGAGGCCGAAUCUUUUGAAUCGUGGCCAGGAAGCGAAAGGGCAUGUACCUCGUCCCGUUCCCUCGAAUCCCAGAGGACGUACUCCUAUGGCAGCGACUCAUUCCUGUCUUUCGGCGCCACAGAGUUCGAUUCCCAGUCGCAAAGCGGAACUACAGCAUCCGUUGAAGGAUACGAAAACGAUGACUUUGAACAGUAUGAUGAAAAGGAGUCCACGAUGGAGGAAGAGCUAAGAGGAAAAUGGAUGGGGAUCCUCAGGACGAAGGUUCCCCCCUCCUCCAUUCCUCCCCCGAAGCAGAGAUCAAACUGCCGUCUGCACAGAGGCGGCGAGAAGCUGUGCCCGGAAGAGCGUGCGGCUUUAAAGGCCUUUUGCCAGGAGAAGAUUAGACGAGCGCGGUCGCCGCGGCGGACGGCCCCCCCCGCCGGGCGGACGCAGCCGAGCGGGCAGACGGCGCCCCGUGCGGAGAUGGCAGAGCCACAGGACGCCGGCCCGGUGCCAACGCGCUUCGUGUCGGCGCUGAGGCUGAAAAGUUUCACCGAGGAGAUGAGAAAGGCCGUCGGGACUGAGCUGCACCAGCCCUCUCGCUGCGGACCCUGUUGGGAGAGCCUGGCCAGGUUGGCCGAGGACACCUUCCUCCGGAGGAAGAAGAGCCAGCUGGAGUCUGGGCUGCUGCAGGACCGACUGCAGGCCCACCUACUGGAGAAGGACACCAUAUGCCUGGUUGGAGAACUACUGGGUGACAUUUCAAAAACAUCUGAUGACCCCAGCAAGAUCUGGCAAGAGUUCAUGACAAAUGGAUCCUGGUCCCCGCAGUGAAGUAAUGGAGGGCUUUCCCCUUAUCUUACAGCAGCAGUGUGUGCCUCCCAAAACACGCAGCACUAUAAUUAUGUAUGCCAGCGCAUCCCUUUGCAGUGUGCUGCCACAGAAGGAGGCAGGAUGUAAAGCCUGGUGUUUUUCAUUAUCCUCACACACACAGGUUCCUGCUGCUAAACAAUGAGUCUGGUAGGUCUAAGCGCCCAGGGGCCCAUCUAGUGAGAUAUAUCCCGCGAUAUUGCAGAUAGCAUUCGUGCGCUUGACAUCAGCAUAAUGGCUCAGGUAAUUGCCUCUCUCGCAAUAACCCAAAAACAGAAUCUUGCUGUUCUUCCUUCGGGCUCCUCAUGCAAGUCUGAUUAUACAUUUGGAGGACAGUUUUAUUUUGUGGCGAACGGCUACAUGAAAGGUAAUUACCUAGGGAGCUCAUCGCAGAGAGGAGAGAGUACCUUUCUGUUUCUGCGUGUUGUAAGGGGGCUGAAUGAGAAUGAGGACAAUGGAUGCAUCUGACGUAGUCCAGGGCCAAAAGCAUGCUGUACUUUCCCAUUACAAACUCUCAGAGAAGACUGUUGAAAAUGGCCAUAUACCUCACUUUGUAGCUGACCUAAAGCCAAGGCAAACAGCUUUAAAAAAAAAAAAAAAGAAA